AUGGUCCUUCGUAAACCAUUUACACCAACAAUUUUAGACUAUCUUGGGUCGAAGGGUUUGAAAGCAACAUUUUUUGUUAUUGGUUCCAGAGCUACAAAUCAUCCGGAUGUUUUAUUGCGAGCAUCUAAAGAAGGGCAUCAAAUCGGAAUUCACACUUGGUCACACACAUCAUUAACGACCCAAACAAACGAAGUAAUCAUAGCUGAAUUAAAAUGGACCGAAAAAAUCAUCAAAGAAAUAACCGGACUUACUCCCAAAUAUAUGAGACCGCCAAGAGGUGAUUAUGAUGAUCGUGUAAGGAAUAUAGCAAAACAGUUGGGUUAUAAGUCUGUCAUAUGGGAUCACGAUACCUUUGAUUGGAUGUCUCAACAAGAUCCAACUUACGAUUUAAAUUGGAUACCAGCAAAUUUCACACAAUGGGUAAACGAAGCAUCAACAACCGGUCAUGUUUCUUUGGAACAUGAUUUGUACCAACAAACUGUUGGAAAGGCUCCCAAAGCCAUUGAUAUCGUUAUUGGUGCUGGAUUUAAGAUUAAAACAAUUGCUAAUUGUACGAACGAACUUCCUUAUCUCGAAAGUGUUGUUCAUAUUUGCUAUGUUUUUAUGUAA